UUAGACACGGAAUAUUGAUAAUAAUAAGCUAGUUCUAGUACUUCCACAACCGUUGGAACCAUUUGAAAGGUCGUAUUAGAGUUUUUCAGAGGUAAUUCGAAAGACUACUUUUCAACCAAUCAUCGAAGCCUGAUGUAUGCGACAGUUGGUAAUUUGAUAUGAUUGUUUGUUUCAAAGCUUUUUGAAAAUGGAGAAUGAACGCUCGAAUCUCUUGGCUAUCGUCAAACUUGUUGUACACGAUCUAAUUCAGCUUACAUUUGAUCAACAUCAGGUUUCUCUUGAUGAAAACAUUUUCUGGGGUGAAUCUAGGACUGUUCAUUGUGAAGAGGUUCUAAAUAUUGUCUGGCGGUUGCUUUCUGUUGUUGAGCACUGUCUCUGUCAUGGUUUACGUCGAGAUUACACAAUGCCUGACUCUUUUGACGACAACAAUGAAAGAACUUCAUCGAAAGGAUUAAUGAAGGAUGCGACAACUGUCGUCCGAAGAGCACGCGAUCAUGCCGUUUCGGCUGCAAAUAUUUUUAUGAAAAAUUCGUCACAUCCAAAUCCUUGGCCCGUAUUAUUAGAAGCAGAAAAAUUGUCAAAGACCACAGAUUCUAUAAGUAAAACUGUUGCUACAAUGACUGAAAUACGGACUGGACUAGGUCGCUCUCGCGUUUGGUUGAGGCACGCUUUAAUGAGAAAGCAACUAGGAGAGUUUUUUCAAGUCAUAAUAGAUUCCAUCGAUUCUUCCAAUUCAAAUAGGAGUUUGGAGAGUUCUCCAAAAGUCCGUGAAAGCAACAUAAUUCCUGUAACACAAAAUUCCAGUACAUUUGGUACAUUUUAUCACUCCGGUGCUUUGCUUUUAAAUAACGAAGGAGUUGUCGUAACCGGUUUGUUAGCAACUUUGAAGUCUAUAGACUUUUGCUUCAUACUGAAGGAUAAUCUGUCUUACAUGGAUAAACCGUUACACGUAAUACCGUACUACAUAUAUUUACAGGCUAACUUGAAUAGACUUGAAAAGUUAUAUUCAAAAGUAAAUUUAUGUCAUCCAGCAGAUUUAUCAUCUUCAAUCGACCAGAAGAAUUUUUUAGAAGAUUUAUGCAACGUACUGAAGAAACGAAUCGAUCGAGAAAAUACAAUAAAUCAAAGACUAAACAAUGAAAUUACACACCUUUCUAAGCAGAUGGAAUCCAUGAAACUUGAAAAUCGGAGUUUGUAUAUCACUGUAGCACAACUGAAAAAGGAUCAAGUUGGUUUAAAUAACAUGUAUUCAGAAAAUAUGGAAGCAGUGAGUCGCAUAAAUCAAUUAGAGUCUGAAUUAAAACAUUGUCAAAAGACAAAUGAAGAAAAUGCUGAACUUGUUGAAUCGAUUCGAAGUCAUUUAGAUGAAUCAAAUAAAAGAUGUAAUCAGUUAACUCGAUAUUUAUUCGAUUCCCAGUCGUCACUUGAACAUAAACAAACUAUAAUUAAACAAUUAGAAGCUAAGUGUAAAGGAAUGACAAAUAUGAUUGAACAGAUGAACGAGAGAAUAGCUAAGCUUACUAAUGAAAAGGUUUCACAGGAACGAGAUUUAUAUAAACUACGCGAAGAGUUGUCAAACGCAGACACAAAAUCUGUUGAGCAGUUAAAAGUGAUUGAAAAUCAAGCUAGUCAGAUCGAAAGAUUAAAAACUGAAUUGAAUGGGCAAACAAUCGAGUUGAAUAAUUCAAAGAUGGCUUCUGACCAGCUAGUUUUGUGUAAAUUACAAGUUGAGGAGUUAGACAAACAACUUAAAGUCUGGCGUAAACGCUGUGAAGAACAGGAGUAUAGUUUAUCCGAAAUGGCUGCGGUUGUGAAUUCGAGUAAGCUUGAAGCUGAAAGUUUGCGUGAGUCACAUAGUGCAUUCAGUGAUGCUCAAUGGGCAAAUGAUUCUGAAAAUCCAAACUGUUUUCUUUGUCAGAGUCCGUUCAAUGUUAGUCGUCGUCGGGUAUGUUGUUUCUGUAUGUAUAAUAAUUAGAAUUCCCAUUUAUUCAUAAGAAACAAUUAUUUCGAAUAUCUCUUCUUGUUGUGGGACCAAUGAUAGGAUAGUUACAUACUGAUUUACGGUACAAAUCAUAACGAUGAUGAGUUAUCAUUCUUGGAUUGCUUAGUAAAAAGAAAUCCAAAUGGAAUUCUGAACCUAUCCAUUUACCGAAAACCUACGCACUCAAAUCGUUAUAUUGACUUCCAUUCAGCACAUCCUUUUAAUGCUAAGAUCUCGCUAGCAUUAAAUCUUUUUAGGAGAGCUAACAAGAUCAUCACAUCAUAGGAAGACAAACAAAAGAAUGUAAUUAGCAUCUUACAAUUUAAUCAUUCUCCUAUGAAGAUUAUCAGCAUUAUAUUAAAACAAGACAGUUUAGUACGUUAUAAUAAUGAUUCGAAUGAAAUGCUAUGGAUUUGUACUGCAGUUCUACCAUACCGUCAUGGCACAACAGAAGAACUUCAAAGAAUCCUGAAACAACACAGAAUUAAAGUAUAUUACAAAACAACGAACACACUACGAAAUACUUUAGUUCGCGUAAAAGAAAAAAUCCCGUUCUUGUCCACAUAGAACUGCAUCUACAAAUUAGGUUGUAUUGAUUAUGAUGCCUUCUAUAUUGGAGAGUCAUCCCGCGAAAUCUUCACUAGAGCCAAAGAACAUAUUAGGUACAAAAAGAAACCUAACAAUCCUGUAGAAUUGGAUCAACUUCAAAUUAAAUCGGCAAUAACAGUUCAUGCCAUUUUCAACGACCACCGAAUUGAUUUUAAAAACAUCAAAAUAUUGCAAAAAGGCUUUUCCAACUACAAAGAAAGGAGGGUAGCUGAAGCGUUCCAUAUAAUGCUUAAUCCUACUUCUCUCAAUAGGAAGGAAGGCCUCACCAUACAUCCUACUUGGACCAUCUAUCCUAGCCAUUCAGUCUGAUCAUAUUUACAAUUCACACUACCAUAUAACAAAUUAAACUCUAUCCUUUCUCAUCAUAAAGGUCACACAAUUUUUCAUUCUUAAACCAUGCACACAUACAUACACACAAAUUUACAUACAUAUCACUUAUGAAUCACCUUGACAGAAAUGACAUGAUAUUAACUUGUUCAGACCUGUUUUUGAUUGAUCAAAUAUUAUUCUUAUUGUUCCGUUGUACUAUUUAAACUUGGAUUAAUUUUACUUUGGUUACUUAUUCUCUGAAGAAGUGACCUACACUAAGUCACGAAACGUCAGAUAAUGUAGUUUUCUACUCAUUGGGAUUUUACAAAUAUAUUAUUUAUAUAUGAUUUUUAAGCACCACUGUCGAAAUUGCGGCCUGAUAUUUUGUCACGAAUGUUCAUCUAGAAAAAUGACUUUACCAAGUUCUGCCAAACCUGUACGAGUCUGUGAUACAUGCCAUGGAUUACUUUUACAUCGUUAUAAUGCUAAAUAAACCAUAAUAAAUGGUUUUCUUUUGCAACAGUCGUAACAAUACACUUUUCGGGUGAAUUGAAAAACAUACUUUUCAGGUCUGAGCAUAAUAAGCUAAUGUGAUACAUUAAACUAAUGACAUUUAUGUUCAUUAUGUUCUGUCUCAUUUUCGUUUCUGGUUCCAUCAUCAAUAUUUCUUUUAACACAUUUCUUGAUUUUUAAAUGUAAUUUCACUAAUGUAUCUAUUGUCGUAUAGCUCACUUCUAUGAUUUUUUUUAUUCUUUCAAAUAGAUGAAAUCGUAAAGUUA